CUUUUUUUUUUAACCCUAAUGAAUUUGUUUUGCAGGUUUGGAAAAAGAAACCCAGCAUUAUCCAAGGAUUUUUAUUUCUUCUAUUUCUACAUCUUUCAAGUGUGAUCUCUGUGGCUUUAAGAUCCUGUAGUUUGAGUGGGUUCCACUGUUAUCUAAGAAAAGUUGUCAAAACGCUUUGCUCUGCAAGCCCCAGGAGAGAACUCAGAAAAACGGAAGGCAGUAGCAGAUGCAAUUACGGAUGUGGCUUAGUCCUUGCAGCUGCCCCAGGGAGCUGUGCAGAGCAUACAGUCCUCAGCAAUGAAUCCAGAAGAGAGAAUCGUGACAUGGCUUAUAUCCUUGGGAGUUUUAGAUUCCCCCAAAAAGACCAUCUGUGAUCCGGAGGAGUUCUUGAAGUCCUCGCUGAAGAAUGGGGUAGUGCUCUGCAAACUGCUCAGCAGACUUAGGCCUGGCUCUCUAGAAAAGUACUGUGCGGAGCCCCAGACCGAAGCUGACUGCCUCAGCAACAUCGCUGACUUCCUGAAAGGAUGUGCGACCCUGCAGGUGGAGGUAUUUGAUCCGGAUGACCUUUAUUCAGGGGUCAACUUCUCCAAGGUUCUGAGCACUCUUUUAGCUGUCAACAAAGCAACAGAAGAUCAGCUAUCAGAAAGACCAUGUGGACGUUCCUCUUCUCUUAGUGCUGCUAAUAGUUCUCAGACAAACCCGCAGGGAGCAGUUGUUAGCACAGCUCCAGGCCUGCAAAGGCAGUCAAAGGCAGUGGAGAUGACGGAAAAUGGAAGCCAUCAGUUGAUCGUAAAGGCAAGAUUCAACUUUAAGCAGACUAACGAAGAUGAACUGUCGGUUUGUAAAGGGGACAUCAUUUAUGUCACCAGAGUUGAAGAAGGAGGCUGGUGGGAAGGCACAUUAAAUGGCAGAACAGGCUGGUUCCCUAGUAAUUAUGUCCGAGAAAUUAAAUCCAGUGAAAGACCUCUCUCCCCCAAGGCUGUCAAAGGAUUUGAGACUACUCCGCUUACCAAGAACUAUUAUACUGUGGUGUUACAGAACAUUUUGGACACUGAAAAGGAUUAUGCUAAAGAACUUCAGUCUCUACUUGUCACUUACUUAAGACCCCUGCAGUCCAAUAACAAUCUGAGUACUGUGGAGUUUACAUCUUUACUGGGGAACUUUGAGGAAGUAUGCUCGUUCCAACAGACCCUCUGCCAAGCCUUGGAGGAAUGUUCCAAGUUUCCAGAAAACCAACACAAAGUAGGAGGUUGUCUGCUGAGCCUCAUGCCUCACUUUAAAUCCGUGUACCUGUCCUACUGUGCCAAUCACCCUGCAGCUGUCAGCGUGCUCACACAGCACAGUGAUGACCUGGAACAGUUCAUGGAAAGUCAAGGCGCAUCCAGCCCAGGUAUCCUCAUUUUAACCACAAGCCUCAGCAAACCGUUCAUGCGACUGGAAAAGUAUGUUACUCUCUUGCAAGAGUUGGAACGGCACAUGGAGGAUACGCACCCAGAUCAUCAGGAUAUUCUGAAAGCAAUCAUAGCAUUCAAAACUCUCAUGGGCCAGUGCCAAGAUCUAAGAAAGAGAAAACAGCUGGAAUUGCAGAUACUUUCAGAGCCUAUUCAGGCCUGGGAAGGAGAGAGUAUUAAAACCUUGGGAAAUGUGCUGUUUAUGUCACAAGUAAUGGUGCAGUAUGGGACGUGCGAGGAAAAAGAGGAGCGGUACCUCCUGUUGUUCUCAAGUGUCUUGAUAAUGUUAUCGGCAAGUCCUCGGAUGAGUGGCUUUAUCUAUCAGGGAAAAAUACCAGUAGCAGGAAUGGUGGUGACUAGAUUAGAUGAAAUUGAAGGGAAUGACAACACAUUUGAAAUCACAGGCAAUGCAGGUAACAUGGAGAGAAUCGUGAUCCACUGCAACAACAGCCAGGACUUCCAGGAGUGGCUGGAGCAGCUGUGCAGACUGAUCCGGGGACCGGCCUCCUGCAGUUCGUUAUCCAAAACGUCAUCGUCAUCUUGUAGCGCUCAUUCCUCUUUUAGCUCUACUGGACAGCCCCGAGGACCCCUGGAACCUCCUCAAAUUAUAAAACCAUGGAGUUUAAGUUGUCUACGACCUGCGCCUCCACUUAGACCAUCAGCAGCACUAGGUUAUAAAGAGAGGAUGUCUUAUAUCUUAAAGGAGUCUAGUAAAAGCCCCAAAACGAUGAAGAAGUUUCUUCAUAAAAGAAAGACGGAAAGAAAGCCAUCGGAGGAGGAAUAUGUGAUUCGGAAAAGUACCGCUGCUCUGGAAGAGGACGCGCAAAUCCUUAAAGUGAUCGAAGCUUACUGCACCAGCGCCAGUUUUCAGCAAGGCCAUGGCUCAAGCGCCCGCAAAGAUUCACUCCCACAAGUCUUACUCCCCGAGGAGGAGAAACUCAUCAUUGAAGAAACCAGGAGCAACGGCCAGACUAUCAUUGAAGAGAAGAGUCUGGUCGAUACUGUGUAUGCCUUGAAGGAUGAGGUUAAAGAACUGAAACAGGAAAAUAAAAGAAUGAAGCAGUGCCUGGAAGAAGAAUUGAAGUCAAGAAGGGACCUAGAAAAGCUGGUCCGGAGGCUGUUAAAGCAGACUGAUGAGUGUAUUCGGGCCGAGUCCAGUAGCAAGACCUCCAUUCUUCCAUAACCAUCACUGUGCAGCUGGGCACACGUGCCUCUGGGGCAUCUCAGAAUGUCCAAUUGAAUGAUUUGUUUGCUCACUUCCUUGGUUUUUAUUUUGUAUCUGAGUCAGUCCUUCUCUCUCUCUCUCUCAGUCACACUCUCUCUCUUUCUCUGUCUCACUGUUUGCUUGAGUGUUUGUUGUCAUUUGGUUAUUGGUUGGUUGUUUUCUUUUUGACUGGGGUAAAAGUGAGAGGUGCUGGUAGAAGUCUCCCCAGAGUCCUUUCCAUUCAAUAAGAAAAGGAAAACUAGUAUAGGCAGAUGACUUAAAUGGUCUUCAGACGGCCUUCAAUUCAUAGUGCCUCUUCACCAGCCAUUACCCGCCCUCCACCCUGCCCUGUCACUCUUUUGGGGCUGGCCGCCAUAUCAAAGUGGCCGGCCAUGGCUUAGUAAAUGUGAACUUGACUUUUUCUCUCAUGCUUUCUUGUAUCUGGAAGCCCCUCAGUACCCAGUUUAAGGAGGGCAAAGCUCCUUGAGCAAUGACUAGGGCAGACUAGCACAUUUGCCCAGUGACCCGGCCACCCUGCCCUGACUAUCAUGUGCCACCCCUCAAUGCACAGUUUUUUUUUUUACUGCCCUAUGUUGUCUAUAAGGCCAAGAAAACAGUAGCACCCUUAUUCCUUUUGUGUGGGUUUACAUUUUCACUCUAUGGGGCAGAAGCUCCAGUCAUCCCUGCCAACACCAGACCUAUUAGCAAAUUGCACUAGACAAUCUUCCCUUUCUGCCUCCGAGUUGACCAUCCCUGCCCAGUGCAUGAUAGGUUUUCCCCCCUGACCUUCUGCCUCAGUUUUCUAUUUCCCCAGUGCUUUCAGCCAACCAUACGAAGCUUACUUUUUGAGAAUAUAGACCGUGAGCACUUACUUCAUCUACAUUGUAUAUUCAACUUGUGACUUCUCAUCCUUGAAAACAAUCUGCAUUGAGGAGAUAUCGUGCCCUAGUAGACCGCUUUAAUUCACUUUAUCGCUCUCCCAGGUAUGCAGCAAGAAACUACAACAUUCAUCAGCCUCUUGGAGUAGGACUUGAAGUAUUAUUUGCAGAAAUGUGCUAUCGGUCCUGUUUGUAUGUCCACAAGGAAAGGACCCCUCUAGUGGUCGUGUGCUGGUUGCUAGGGAAGCUCAGUAUUUGGAACUGGUCCCCUAAAGUCGCGCAUUGACUCCAACGGUCACCUUUGUAAGUGUCUCCAAAAUUAGAACUGUGGUAAACCAGGUUUAGAAAAGGUUCCCAGAAGAGCAGAACACAGCCAAAUUCGGCACAAAUGAAAGUCGGCAAAAGGCUCCAGGACAGAGCAAUGCAACCCGCCUCUCUCUCUCCCCAAGACAGUUGCAGUUGGGCAGGGGGGCAGAUCACUGGAAAGAGAGGCAAAGAGCCAAUGGACUGGUCAAAGUUGUCUUCUGGAUACAUUUGAUGGGCGCCAAUAAAUGUGGGUUUUGCAAAUGGUGUUCAGAAACCACACUUGAAGCUUGAAUCCCCCAGCUUGCUAAGCUCUUUUUCUUUCUAGUACUGGGUGGGGUCUCAAGUUCCCCAUAGCUACACGGUACAGGGCUGUUGCCUGCUUGCUGCACAGGAGAAAUGACACCAUCCACAGGAAGGGGAUGAGUCCUGCAGUCCCCCAUCAGCCAACCACACGGCAGCCAUCUUUGAAAGCUGAAAAACGAAGAAGAUUUCUAGAAAUGGCCAUUGUUCUGUUUUUAAGCCCAGCAGCUUAGACAUGCCGUCCUUCACCUAAAAAUUAACAGCAACCACACAGAUCUGAGCAUCUGCCCCGCCUGUGGUUAAUCAAUGGCUUGCAGUAAAUGCACAAACUAUAUCCAUAGGGAACAUUUGUUGUGAUUACAAAGUACUUUAGUUGAUAAGGUAUAGGAUUGCUUACAAUAUUGAAAAGUCUUUAUUUUAAAGCGAUGUGUACAUAUGCAUGUUUUUGGAACUUGGCCCUUCUGAGGAGAGGCCCUCGGUACUCUGGGUAGUGAAGCUUGUGCAGAGUGGUGUCCGCGCUCACACAUUAAGCAGUAAUAUAAAGGAAAUGAAGCCAUGUUAACCCGAGAGCAGUGUCUCUGUAGUUGUGUUGUUUACAAUACUCUAUAAGUGGGUUCCUGUUACCCUGUAAUUAAACUGCUGCCCUUAGAGGCUUUUUAGUUCCUCUUCCGUCAUGUCCCUUCUUACACAAGCUCAAAUUUUCUAACUUGUUUUUAUUUUGAAGACUUUUAAAAUGGACAUUUUCAAUAAAUAAGAAUAACGAUGCUUUAUAAACUAA